AUGUACUUUGUCAAAGUCCUCACUAUCCUAAGCCUGAUGGCUGCUGGCAUCUCUGCCAUGCCCCAUGGGUUGUCCUCGCGCGGGUCCAGUGCUCAGAACGUUGUGUACUGGGGCCAGAACGGCGGCGGCACAGUCGAGAACAACGAUCUGGCGACCUACUGCACGUCGACGUCCGGUAUCGAUAUCAUUGUCCUGGCCUUCCUGUACGAGUACGGAAAUGGCAACAGCAUCGCCUCCGGCACUAUCGGCCAGUCCUGCUACAUCUCUCCCUCAGGCGAGCCGCAGAACUGCGACGCUCUCGCCACGGCCAUCGAGACCUGCCAAUCAAAGGGCGUCAAGGUCAUUCUGUCCCUCGGAGGGGCCGUCGGCGCGUAUUCCCUAUCCUCUCAGGCCGAGGCGGAGACGAUCGGUCAAAACCUUUGGGAGGCGUACGGCAAUACCAAGGGCGAUGGAAGUGUGCCUCGACCCUUUGGAAGUACCUUUGUCAACGGCUGGGACUUUGACAUCGAAAGCUACGCCGGGAAUAACUACUACCAGUAUCUGAUCAGCAAGCUGCGCUCCAACUUUGCUUCGGACCCGGCCAACACCUACUACAUCACCGGGGCGCCGCAGUGUCCCAUCCCGGAGCCCAACAUGCAGGUCAUUGUCACCAAUGCGCAGUUUGACUAUCUCUGGGUCCAGUUCUACAACAACCCCGGCUGCUCCGUCAAUGGCCCCAUCAACUACGAUCAAUGGGUGUCCAACCUGGCCAACACUCCCUCGGCCAACGCGAAGGUCUUUAUCGGGGUCCCUGCGUCGCCGCUAGGUGCGACUGGAACGUCCAGUGGCGCCCAGUACUAUCUUGAGCCCAGCGCUCUGGCCUCACUCGUGGCCGAGUACAAGGACAAUGCGGCCUUUGGAGGUAUCAUGAUGUGGUCCGCGGGCUUUUCGGACGCCAAUGUCAACAACGGAUGCACUUAUGCUCAGGAGGCGAAGCACAUCCUGACUACUGGAUCUCCUUGCUAA